AUGGAUCGCAGCGCAGUCGCACGCAGGAUGCGAUACGAUGCGCAACCACUACCGCAACCACCGACUCGAACACCUACGCAGAUCACACGCGAGAAGCGGACGACUCAGCAGGAGAGAGCGCGUAGACCGACAUCCGGGAAGAUCAAGACGGCGAAGGACAGUAGUGAGAUUAUUCGAGUGCCGAGGAGGACGGAACCCUUGAGACGGGAAUACGGUUCGGAGGAGGAUCCAAAUGCGAGACAUUUUACCAUUGCGAAUGUUGGUGCGGGAGGAACUCUGUAUCUCAAGCCGAGUCGCAUGCCGCAGCAGCAGAGUUUCCCAUCGGCACCUGCAACACCACCGCAGACUUCGUACGGUGAUGAUGGAAAGAAUGACUGGUCGGCGGAGUAUCAAAGUGAUACAUCGGGACAAUGGACGCCACGACUGCGAGCCCAAGGGACGUACGAUUAUGCUAUACCUGUGCCUCCACUGAGUAUGGCCAAUACGGCACAGAAGAGAAGACCGAGAUCGCAUUCCUUCUCUACUGUCAGCGAGCGAGAGCGCCUGCGGAGUCCCACAAACGAGAACGCCGACUUUCAUCUCCUGGUCAAUGGUAGAGAUGCAGGAAGUGGUAGGCCGAAGAGUUCAGUCGACCUAUCCGGUGGCUUCCUAGAUUUGCAUAUUCCACACUACAAACUCGGCACGCCUCGGUUCAGUGAUCGAGGGACAGCGUACUUGCACAGCUCCGUGUAUACGAAUACUACGGGUGGCACAGACGAUAUGAGAUCUUCCAUCAUCUCGAGGCUGGAGUAUGAUAAGCUGUUUCCUGCGCCACCAGGCAGGACACACAGCAGUCCUGUAUAUCAGCGCAGUGACUCGGCAGCUCGGCUGCAUCCAUCUACAGCAUACUCUGGCACUCCCACGAGAAUGACUCCGACACUACCUACGCAGAUACCGCAACUAGGCAAAUUCGACACGAGUAUCUUCGACCGCGUGGAAAGUGGUGCCAAUGACCCGACUAUCGUGCGGUAUAACGCCCAGGGACGUAUUGCGGCGGCGACGCCAGCAAGACUGAUUGCGCAGAUAACAUCACCUGUGUUCCUGGACUACGAGCUGCUUUCGGACUUCUUCUUGACGUUUCGGAGCUUCAUGCCAUGUCGGGAUCUGCUCGAGUAUCUCUUGACCCGUCUACAAUGGGCACUCGACAAGGACACAGACGCUGGACGAAUCGUCCGAGUCCGAACAUUCGUGGCACUUCGACAUUGGAUCUUGAACUAUUUUGCAGAUGACUUUGUACUGGAUGUAAUGUUCCGACAGCGAUUCUGCGACCUAGUGAACGGCAUCGCGCAGAAUCUCCUACGGCGUGAAGAUAGAGGUGGCAGCGAUAUAAACAUCAUUGGUGAGCUUAAGAAGUGCUGGAGAAGGACUUGUGCCAUGUACUGGCCAUCCGAGGAUGCUUUGGAGAACUCACCCGAGGCAGAGAUCGUGGCUGGUGGACCGCCGAGUAGUCGUGCCUUUCCUCCAUCUCCUACCUCAACCACUCUUCCACUGAAGCCUAAGCCUUCUCGUGCAGACUUUAGGCGGGUAUCCGUGCCUGUGCAGAUACCUGCGGAAGUCCCGGUGGAAGAACCGACAAGCCGCAUUAAUGGCAUGCAGACACCUAUACUUGGUAGUCUGAGCACGAUACGUACAGCGAGCAUACCAGCAUCACCAAUGAGCGAGGUCAGUCUACAGGUACUCUCCUGCUCAGUACCAUUUCUUCGGCAUAUGCGACCGGCUUUGACAGGACAUCCAUCUCGAAAUGCUAGGCCAGUGGGUCCUCAUCGUCAUCCUCCGGUCUCCAAGACGAACCCUCGGCCAAGUAACCAGCAUAAGCGAAGUGGUAGUUUCUCGGAUGCUUUGAGGGAUGAAAGAGCUCCAUUAGCUUCCAGCAAGGUCGAAAGUGUGGAUGUCAGGGCGAUGGCCACCAUGACGUUCACUGGAGGGUUGGUUAGAGGACUGCUGCUGCAGCCGUCGCCGGCCAAAGUGGAACUGUUGAUACCAAUAAGUCCUGAUUUGGAUGCGCAUGGCAACCGCAUUGGCCCUAUGAACGAUGACUACUUCCACGACCGCGGUGCACAGAAUUUGGGCGUCAAGCGAUUGGUCGGCGAUGUUCGGAGGGCUCUCAGCAGUCGACAUAGGAACGGCUCACCUCCACACAGCAACGGCAGCAGUCAUCGAUCCACAAACUCGUCUAGCUCGCGCACAUCUGCGCCUAUGGCUCAGCAGGACAAAGCUGCGAGCUCAUCAGCUUGGCAGCAGCUCCGUGGUCCGCCAAGAGUGGACAUACUUGCGGAAAGGAUCGGCCGGUCUUAUGAAGAUGCCUUCCAGGAAGUGAAUCUUCCGACCCCAGCUCAUCAGCAGGUUCAACAGUCGCCGGUGCAGUUCCCCGACCGACAGUCUGGCAUAGCACCGGAUGAUCGAGAACUCGAGGGCCCCCGGCCACGAUUCGAUCGAUGGAACAGUCGUAUCAGCAAUGGCAGUCAGUCCAUACUUAUCAUGGACGAUACUGGAACUACUGGCUCACCUCAGAUAGGAGGCACUAUACCAUCUGUCAGUUCAUGGUCCUCUGAUAUGGCGCCGCCGGCAUUGUUCCGUAGCACCACAGAUGCACUUAAUGACCCGCAGCAGAACGCUCAGGUCGACCAUGCUGUACGACAGUCGGCAUCAUAUCCGCCUGACGCGGCACGGCAGUCGUCUGAUGUCCACAUGCAUGACUUGCUUGUCGUCCCAGAAAGCUGGGCUGCUGACAGCGCCGCACUAUCGCCUACCACACGCAUGCAGGCGCGCAAGUCGUCGGGUGUGCACUCACCUACUUUUGACGUAUCACCGCCACAUCAGCUCAGACGUCGUCCGGGAGGUGAUCUGAAAGCAGCUGACCACGUCCAUGAGCUUGAGCCACCGCCACGCGAGCCCACAGACUCAUUCUCGAUGCGGUCGGGUCCGAGCUCCGGUGUGCCCUCUCAUGAGCUCUCCGGUACACACUUCUCUGGCCAAGACUUUGCCUCGUGGAAGAUGCCUACUAUGCCACCCAAUAAGCAGAAAGAUCCGGUCAGCUUGAUGUCUCUAGAGCCGCAUAUGCGACCUUCUUUCGAAGCUGAAGUUUCCAAGUUGGCCAAGCUACCGGAGAAAAGGGUCAAUGGUGGUGUAGAAGAUACACUGCGACGUCUGGAAGGUCAGAAUGCGAGCUUAAGGAACAGUACUGUCCCUGGAGCCGAAGCCAAAGCCACACAGUCGCAACCUGAGAAACAGAAGCCAGCAGCACUUCGCUUCACUGACGCAAGCCAAGCUAUAAGUGAUUCGACCUCUCCCAUCGAAGGAGGACUACUCAGUCCCAAGACGCCGAGGACCGAGACGCAAGGCGCGAGUAUCUAUCACUUAUCUGGCACAGAUGCACCAGAUGGUUUCCUAUCCAUGUCAGGCGACUCAACCAAUGGCUACGAUCAAGUUCCCAAGCAUGACCUAGGCGCUCCUGUCCUUACAAAGCCUAACGUUGGCCGCUUCUACGUGCCUGAUGUAGAGAGCAUGCAGGAUGUACCAAAAGCAAUAGACAUCAAGCAGGUACAACUUGCAAAUCCACAAAUCGUGGAUGAGAUCAAGAAAGGCCAUGCGAAGUCAGGCAGUGCGCCAAAGUCAGCGGCAUCCGGAGGCUCCUUUCUGUUGGAUGACAAUGAGAGUCUGAGCGAUAUCUCGACGGAAAUAGCUGAUCAGUCUGGUGAGGAGGAUAACUUGGCUGUGAGGAGCUUCUUCUUCGACGACACCAUGGAUGAGGAAGAUGAACUGCCCCAAAUUCCACAAGCACCGCCAACGCCACCUUCGACCGUUGGAGCUGCUAGGGAGCAUUCGCCUGAGCGCGGAGCAAGCGGAGAUCUCGUGGUGCCGAAGAACAACGCUGCCGCGAGGGCGCUCAAGGAAGCGCAAAGUGCCCCGAAGCUGUUCUCGCCAAAUUUGGACAGCUAUCGCCUACCGCAACAUCAGCCCAUGGUAUCUGCAGCAAGCCAGAUGGAGCUUCGCAGAGUCCACACAGCGCCCGGCAAUUUACCUGCUACGCAUAUGCCUUUCAUCCUCGCCUUCGAAAGCGAAGUAGUAGCCGAACAACUCACCAUCAUCGAAAAAGACGCACUGGACGAAGUCGACUGGAAAGAUCUCAUAAGUCUCAACUGGGCCCAAUCCCCACCCAACGUCCGCAACUGGGUCGAAUACCUCAAAUCCGACCACUCCACGGGCGUCGACAUCGUAGUAUCCCGCUUCAACCUAGUCGUGAAGUGGGUCGUCUCGGAAAUCGUUCUCACAACCACACCCAGCGAACGAGCAAGGGCGGUGACGAAAUACAUCCACAUAGCGACGCACUGCCAUCGCUUCCGAAACUACGCCUCAAUGUACCAAAUCACUCUCGCCCUCCUCUCUGCCGACCUGGCUCGUCUCCAAACAACAUGGUCCUUAGUAGCACCAGCCGAGAAGCAGAAACUCGAGCGCCUAGAACACCUCUGCCAGCCCGUCCGAAACUUCAACGCCCUAAGGGCAGAAAUGGAGGCUUCCAGCGCAGAAAAAGGCUGUAUACCCUUCAUAGGCCUCUACACUCACGACUUAAUGUUCAACGCGCAGAAGCCUGCUCGGAUCAACCCUCCGCCUACAUCGCAGCAGCAGCAGCAAGGGACCGGGAACGAGGCGUUGAUAAAUUUUGAGAGGUAUCAGACUAGUGCUACGAUUGUGAAGAGUUUGUUGCGGCUGAUCGAGGCGAGCUCGAAGUAUAUUUUUCAUCCGCAUCCGGAGGUGCUGAGUCGGUGUUUAUGGCUGGCUGCUUUGGAGGAUGGGGAGAUUACGAGGAGGAGUAAGGGACUGGAGCAGUGA